AUGAGUCAUUUUCGCCGCUUUUGGCGUUUUUGUAUCAAAAAGCCCCUCCCCCACUCUCACCCAAGCAAAUCUGCCAAAUUUCAGCAGCUCCACCAACAAGAAGCUGCUGCUCCUCCACGUUGGAGGAGCAGAUCUGCUCCUCCAACGUGGAGAGGAGCAGAUCUGCUGCUCCUCGCUCCUCAGGUGAGGAGCGGUUUCCGGCGGAAAUUUUGGCGGAGGUGCGGGGGGAGUUCAUGGGGCGGCGGUUUCCGUUGUGCCGCUUUUGGUGGUUCUCUUGUUGCCGAUUUCACUCAAAUGACUGUUAAAGUUAACUCAUCCAGUGGACUAGAUGAUGUUUUAAGAUCAAAUGAGAAAAAUCAAGUAGUAAAAGCUAAAAGAGGAAAGACUCGAGGUGCAAAGUGGAAGAAAAAGAGGGACUUAGAGAAAACAAGAGUGACAAUAGAGAUACCCCCAUGCUUGCGGCGAGUUGUAGGACCAAAUGCGCAUCAAUUCAUUACCGAGACAAGCUAUAUUGUGAAGCAAUAUUGCCCGCUUAAUGUUCCGAAUUGGGCUGCGAUAAGCGAGGAUAGGAAGAAAAAACUCAUGGAUGCCGUUAAGGUCAAUUUUGCAUUUUACUUUUUUCUAAUAUUGUUGUAUUUACAGAAAUUUGUAAUCAUUUUGUUGGAUUAUUCAGGGAAUGUUUAUCUUCCCAAAAGGUGCUUAUGUUGACCAUGCUGUCCGAAGUGUA